AUGCAGGAAUUUCUCCAAGGCCACAAUGCUGCCAGGGAAGCAGUCGGAGUCCCGCCCCUAUCAUGGGACACGAAGCUGGCCACUUACGCCCGGGUUUAUUUGAACCAAAGACGCACAGACUGCAAGCUCAUCCACUCUCCUGGCUAUGCGUUUGGAGAGAACUUGUUCUGGGGCCAGGGCAGGCGGUGGAGUGCGAAGGAUGCCACAGCUACCUGGGUCGCAGAAAAGCAAUGGUACCAUCACGCCACGAACACCUGCACGGGACAAGAGUGCUCGCACUACACUCAGAUUGUGUGGCGCAUGACCCACCAGGAGAGCCGUCGGCAUCCUGCCUCUCACAUGGAAGAAGCCCCUGGGGUGGCUUAUGCCCGAGCAUACUCGAAUAAGAGGAAAGGUGACUGUAAGCUCAUUCACUCACACAACACUCUGUAUGGAGAGAACUUGUACUGGGGGUCCAGGGUCUGGUACUGGAGUGUCAAAGAUGCCGUAGAUGAUAGGGUGCCGGAGAAACAGUGGUACAGUUACGAUCGCCGGGACAAAUGUGCUGGCACUAUUGGCAGGUAG